AUGAUGUGCGGCAAGGGAUUCGGGAUGAUCCUGGUCCUGAUUUGGGCCACGGCCCUUUCCAGCGAACUCGCGCUGGUGAGCGGUCAAACGGUGGCGCCGCUGAAGAGCUCCACCAGUGCUCCACCCAAAAUGGAGGUCAAGCCCACGAAGCCCAUGAUAGUGAAUGCUCCGCCAAAGAAAGUGCAGCUCCCGGAAGCUCCCAAAAGCGAUGCCAGCAAGCCGCUGCAGGUCACCGGAUUCAUCACCAAGUCUGGCAACAUCUACGAGAUCGAGGACAAAAGGGGCUCCAUUGGCUCCAUCGAGGGUCGGCAGGCGGAUCAGGAGCAGAUUGUUUGCAACUAUGGCAACGUGGUGAUCUACAGCGAUGUGCCCUGUGAUCAAGUCAAGAAUGUGCGCGUGGGCGAGGUCAAGCCCCUGAAGGAGGAUCCCGUUGAGGUCAGCACCGAGAAAAACCAUGCCGAUGGCGAACAGCAGUCGCAUGAGUUGCAACAUGAGCAACAGCAGCAGGACGCAACCGACAGUCAGGAUCAGGAGCAGGAGCAGGACCAGUCCGUGCAGCCAAACCAUCCCAGGGGUCAGCAGAACAAUCGCCGACGUCGCCGUCGUCCGCAGCAGCAGAAGCAGCAGCAACAGAGGCUGCAGCAGCAACGCCGUCGGCGUCAGCAGCAACAGAAGUUGCAGCAGCGUCGCCGCAACGGCAGCGGAAACAACAGCGUGCGUCGUCGUCGUAACCGCAACAACAACAACAACAUUAAUCGCCAGCAGCAAAGACGUCGUCGCCCCGGCAACAACAACAACAACAGGCGACGCCUCAACAACAACAACGGCAACAACAAUCAGCGACAACAGCAACACCGCCGUCAGCAGCAACAACAGCAACGCCGUCGCCGUCCUAACUGA